CUCUUAUCGCCUUUUCCACCACUAUUCGAUGUUCCCAUCGUUGUCUCUCGCUAGAUUUUAGACCGGGCUCCCGUGCCCUUCGAUCAUUUACGCCCCUUUCAUAGUACUCAGUCAACCCGCUGUGCGAUCGCUUUGUUUACGUCGCCAUGGCCGCGGCAGGCGCGAGGGCGCAGAAGCCUGUAGGCUCUGCAGCGUGGAUCUCAACCGAAAAGGAAAAUUUUAUGCAGCUGGUGGACCAGGAAAUGGAGGAGAUUGAAUACCCAGUGCGCCAUGAGAUGGAUUGGCUGAAUGAACAUAUGGCCGAGGUUUUCUCCAACAACCAAUCCAAUUUCGCAGAUGUCUUCAAAACCCCGGGAAAGCUGCGAGGUAAAACGCCUCGUACAGUGCGGAAGCGGGAUGCGAACGAAUCUCGAGUGCCCUUGAGCGAGAUAUUUUCAUCCGCAAACAACAACAGCAAGACGGAGAAUAAAUUCAGUGCUAGCCCGGCUGUUCAGCGCUCACCAACCAAGACCGUCACUGCGGCUGCAGGCCCAGCUACUGCGACGGAAGCCAAGAAGACCACGGAGAACACAUCACAACCUGAGUACCCAGAUCUGACCCAGAACCUCAACUCCUUCCCGCAUUAUAACACGGAUUCGGGCUAUCACGGCAUGCCGGAAGAUGAGAGGGACGAAGAAGAGGAAGAAGAUGAUGUGGUCCUUACACAAGUGCAGCCCGAGUCGCAGUCCUCUACUCAGCCCAUGGAUCAAGAGUCUGGUGCUGCCGAAGAGCAACUCCACCAACCGCAUGAAGAACGCCGUACUACAGGGGCGUCUUUCCACUCCGCUCGCGAGGAUGUGCACCAACGCGAAGAAACAGUUGAGCCUGAGGUAACUGCAUCAUCGCCUAAGCGAAAUAUUAGCACAAGUCCUCAGAAGCAAAAGUCACCGACGAAGGAUACAGAGGAUGUUGAUGACGCACCACCGCAACCUGAGGAGGAACCUGAAGAUGAAAUCAUGUCAGACGUGGACUCAGAACAAGAGCCGGCGCGUAAGGGCAUCGUUGAGCUGGAACCUGAACAUGCGCCAGAACCAGAGGCAAAACCAAAUGCUCAGGCCCAUCAAGAACCCGAACCUGAAGAAGAGCCCGAAGCCACGCCCAGACGCGAAUCCCCGCCCACGGAGAAAGCCGCACCAAAGCCAGUAUCUAGUCCGCUUAAGGAUACGGAAUCGAGCCCGCCAACAAAUGCAACUUCGCAACCUCGAGAACAUCAUCAGGACGACCAAGAUGACGCAAAUGACGACAUGGCCCUCGAUAGUCUCGAUGAAAUCGGCUCACCUUCGGAAGGAUCUCCAGUACGCCCGCCGAUUCGCAAGAGCAGUCUCACUUUUGCAUCUCUCCCAGCUCGCGAACCGCUGACGAAGAAGAGCCUGGGAGGCUCGAGAAUUUCCCGCACGAGCCAUCUCGACCUUAACAAGCUUAGUAGCGCCGGGGGUUAUCUGGGCAGACACACCGGUGGGCAUAGGACGACCCAGCAUGUUGCGGAGGACAGCAAUAUCGAUGGCGACAAGAUGGAUAUCGAUGACAAGAAAGAUGCCACAGAAGAAGAUAGAGAUGCCGAGACUAGGGCCAGCAAGCUUCACAACAAGUCAUCGACUCAACUCCUGCACGAGAAAAUCAGCAUGCUCGGCAAACUUCAGCCUUCUCGACCUACCAAGUCCAUUCCUUCCGUCCCUGGCUUGUCGAUUGCGCAGGUGACAUACCCUGAACUUCCCACUGCCAAAUCCGAAGCCAAGCAGGAGCCAUCCGGCUCGAAGUCUCGCGAGACCCCGGCCCCUGACUCUGCUGCUGAUGACGACUGGAUCAAGCCACUGAAUUCGCCCUACCGACCAGAUGUACGUCCCAGCCAGAAAGCUGAUAGCUUGGGCAAACAUUUCAGCGCUCGGAUAGCCCGGGCUGCUGAGGAAGACCGUCCUUCCGUUGAUAGGGAACGAGAUGUCCAUCCCCCGGAGGAGCCGAGAAGUAGCUCUAAGCACACCUCAGAUGCAACUCGCGGAAAGUCGUCAACACCGUCCUACUCAUCACCACAGCGACCUGGCCAUCAGAAGAGUGCGUCUGCAAAUCUUGAUAGCCAGAUGUCCACAACCCCGGUUGGCUCACCGGCCGAGCGCUACGAUGGUCCGAUAAGUGCAUCCAAAUCGCGGCUUCAGUCUAUCGUGCAAUCCGCUAAGGGCCUUUUCAUGAAUACAGGGGGAGUUACAGCUGCCGCCAGAGUCGAAUCUGCUUCCCCGGACCAACCGAGAUUGAGGCAUACAGGACGAUUGGACACAGAUCGUAAUAGGGAAAGCCAGCGGCCGCAGUCGACACAGCCUCAGAGCCCUCCACGCCAAGAAGGCCGCCGGACGCGCAGCUCCACCGAAAGAGAAGAGAAGCGCAAACAGAAGGAGCUUGAAGACCGUCAAAGGGAAGAGGAGCAGGCGGAGAGAACCCGGCAACUGGAGAAACAGAGAGCCAUGAAACUCAAGGCGCCACAGGAGAAGCCGAUGGCUGACCCUGAAGCUCGGGCGCCAACCACCGAGUCAGCUACCGCGUUGCCGACGCAAAAGACAUCGCACCUACAGAAACCAUCCAAGGAACCAGAGCCUAGCAUCGAAGCCGGUCCCAAACUUGCCGCACCAAGUUCCGUCUCACAACACCAAUCAUCAAAGCAAAAUGAACGUCGCCCUCUCAAGCCGGCUCGCGAGGUCCAGAAACCGAAGCCUCAGCCCGUGUCAAUUCGCGUCGGCAGCGCACUCUCCCGGCAAAUGCCGCUAGCGUCGCAAGUGUCCUCCAACACUCGAGAGUCUAGCGUCCCUGCACCAACUCCAGCCUCGGCUUCCAAACCGUCGACUCUGAAGAAGAAGGCUAGCAAUACCUCAUUACACACUGCCUCUUCUAACAGCAGUUUCAAGAGCUCUAUAUCCAGUCAGUCGCAGAGAAAAGCCCAGCUUGCAAGUGAGAGGAAGAGAGAGCAAGAGGAGCGCGAAGCAAGACGCCGAGAGGAGCAGAGACGCGAAUUGGAACGGAAGCGUGCAGCUCAGCAGCAAGAAGAAGCUCGUCGUCAGGAGAUGCGCAGUCGGGCGGAGGCUGAGCGCCGGGAGCGACUUGCUGCCGAGGAUCCAAAGAAGGCCGCCCACAUGCAAGCCAUUGAAAAGCGCCGCUUGGAGAAUCAGCGCAGACUAGAGCGACAGGGAAGCCAGCAGCCCGAGGCAAGUCAACGCAGCGAGCUUGGUGCAGCUAGACCAGCCUCACGACUGGGCUCGAUUCAGCCGUUUAAUCGGUCAAUUAACCAGCCCCAACCCAACCCCGCUAAACCGCCCAAGAGAGGGCUUGAUGACGAGGCCAACCACCGACCGACAGCACCGAAGUCUGCUACCAUGCAGCCGUCGGGCGAGACCAAACGUAGGAGGACAGAGGAUGAGCAAAGCCGCAUGUCCUCUAUGCGUCCGGCGAUGGCCCCGCCGAUCCGUCAAUCCAACAUUCGUAAGGAACCGACACAGCCGUCCAUUUUUGGUCAUACACAGCCUUCUGUUGCACAUCAAUCCGGCUCCUCAAUCUUCAAGACGGGUCAGGCCCAGCGACCCGGGCAUCCACUGGAUAUGGCCAAAUACGCCAGUGGCAAGAUCCCCUUUGCGGAACCCCCCAGCGUGCAGCCGGCUGCACACCGAACUCCUGCCGCCGCUAGUGCGUCUCAAAAGGCACCGGUCAAGGAGUCACCGAAGUAUCCGAAUGGUGAGAACAUCAACCUUCCCGAGAUUGCGACCGACAGUGAGGACGAAGACUCGGAUGCGGAGAUGCUUCCCGUGCCCAAGUGGGCCCAGCCCAAGGAACUGGAAUCACUCCUGCGCCAGCAGGAAGGCAUGGAGGUGGAUUCUAUUUUCGGCCCUAUUGCUCCCUUCUCCCUGGAGGAGACAUUCAAGUCGGACAAGAAGAUCAAGAAGUUCCGUGAGCGUACGAGUAGCGCGAACUGGUCUGGCGCCGAUGGGCUGACACAGGACGAGAUCCGACGUGACCUUGCUGAGCGGCAGCGUCUGCGCCUCAACGGUGGUUGGUCCUUUAAUGGAUAA